CUCCCCUUGUCAUUUGUUACUUGAUCGCUACCUGGCAACGCUCAGUGACAAGUGACAAUAACCAGUCUGUGGAUUUGAGGUUGAUGAAUAUGUCUCAGGUGAACUACCAGUUGUCCGCUCGGGAUCCCGCCGUGACGGCGUCACUUGACCGGAUGUAUCCAGUAUCAACACUCCACCGCAUCGCACUUGUUGCCUGUGAACGCAUCAUGCUCCUCAUGAACAACACCCAGAUGUUGCGACAUCACCGACUGAGCACCAUGGAUGAUGUCCUCAUGUAUCUGAACGGCAUGCACGACGAUGUGGGGCUGAGCGGCAACCGCGGCGACUUCUAUCGCCGGAAACUGGCAGAGGAACUCUACACUACAUUCAGCGUACAUGGCGUCGACUACACCAACAUCGACGCUGUUGUUGCCGGCGCCAUUGACCUUGAAAGACAGACACGCCUAAUUCUGGCCGAGAGCGGACGGAGGCUGGAUUGUGCGCCACCUGUGCAUUACGAUGAACAAGUUCUUGACAUUUUGGCCAGGAUAGCUGACAUGCAUUAGAAUAUUUUUGAAAUGUCAUGCUGACGGACAAACGUCCAACGCCCUCGUAUCUUUCCGGGCGAAAUCGGAACCGGACAAUUCACGCAAAUGACUAUAAAUAACAUUUAUAUCCCAACGGUGUACCCCUCAUAUCCUAUGAUAUUCAACCAAAAUAUAUUCUCUCACUACGCAAUAUACAAUAUACAAAUCUGAAGGAGCGGUGACUUCAAUGAUAUUCAAGCCAUCGGGUAGAAUUCUGUGUCCAUGUGUACAGAGUGUCUGAUUUAGUUUUGUAAAAAAUACAAUUUAUACCUAGAUUUAAAAAUAAAUUUUUACAUGUGAA